AUGAAAUUUUCUUUGAUUUACUUUAUUGAAUUAUCAGUUUUUUGCUUAAAAAUAACUGAAAUUCCAUCAACUGGCGUACCGCCGCUAUCAAGAGGGUUUGGAAACCUAAUCUUUGAUCCACCACAAAAUCAUAAUCAAAUACGACUAGUUCAAAUUUUCUGAUCUUCCGCCGAAAAUUCUUCUCUUUCGUAUUUUGAUAAUCAUCUGUAGAUUAUACUUGCUACUGCUGGGAGUCAAGAGUUGACCGGCACAAAGUGGGAUUAUGUCUUUAGAGAGAACAAUUAUCAGAGGCAUAUCACCACUCACUCCAGGCGAUGGGACUGAAGCCUAGGGGUGUCUGACAGUUUUACUAUUUUUUUGAGCUAAAAGAAGAUUAGUUGAGAAUCAGACUUCAAGGCUGGCGUCUUCAUCUGAUUGAGGUUAAGAUGGCCACAAUUUGGCAGUAAAUUUGAUGUGCAAAGCCAACGAGCAGAAUUUGAGGUGGGUGGAGUGGACUACCUGGAAGUGGGCGUGAAACAAAAAUAGAUAAUUAAGGCAUGAUCAUCUACAAAAUCAAUUAGUUUGCUUUGGAGGCUACCUAUCAGAUGGAACUUAUCUUAAUGACUUAUAUUCUUUUGAUUUAUCGAAAACCAAAUGAAAAUCUAUCACCCCUUCUUUAUCAACAAAGCCUGACCCAAGAACUGGCGCUUCCAUGUUUUAUGAUUCUGACAAUAAAAGAGUUUUGCUGUACGGCGGAAGAACAACAUCAGGCCCCGCAAAUGACUUUUGAAGCUAUGAUCCAGCCCAAAAUAAAUGACAAGAACUAUCUAUUGAUGGAGAUAACCCAGGUGCCAGAGGCUAUUUGGCAUUUACGGAUUUCAUUUGAAAUAGCUUACCAUAUUAUGCAGUAUUUGGCGGCCUAAAUACCACAACAGUUGAUAACUCACUUUAUUUGUAAGCCAUAUAUAGGCUCAAUGGAACUACUAUGACUUGAAAGAAAAUGCCCAAUCAUGGGGCUGAUCCACCCAUAAGUGAGUCUGCAGACAUCACUUAUUAUCAAGAAAAAAUAUAUUUAUGAGGGGGAAUUAAUAGGCUUUCCGGGAAUUCUCAGAACACAAACUUGUAUAUUUAUGAUAUGAAUUCGGAAAGCUGAAGCGAAAUUAAUAUAGUUGGAGAUAAGCCUGAAGGGAGAUUUCGCCACGAAAUUGAUAUUUAUGAUAAAUAUUUGUAUAUUUUCCCAGGAUAUGGAGCAGAAAAAGGCUGGCCAGUUCUUAAUGUCUGAAGGAUAAAUCUUGUAAGUUUAUCUUCUUGAGAAAAGCUUCAUACUGUAAACUCGUCAAUUGCAAAUGGAUGUGGUGCAGCAGUGCUUGCAAAUUCAAUUUUUUAUUCUUUCGGAGGCGUUUCUUCUGAUGAUGUGCUUACAAAUAGCUUGGUCUCAAUAGAUUUGCAAUAUUUCCCUUUAGAAUGGAAGCAGCUUUCGCCACACAUGAUUUCCCCUAGCGGAAGAAUGUAUCAUUCCUUUCACCUUCUUCAUGAUUCUCUAUGAGUAUUCGGAGGAAUCAACGAAGACCAGGCUUUGUAAUUCCUAAUCAGGUUAAAUGAUUUAUGAAAAUUCGACACAACAACAGAAACCUGAAGCAAAAUUAAUUCUAAUGGAGAUAUCCCUUCAGCAAGAUAUAUGCAUGCAAGCUGCUCUGUUCAAGAUCUGGUGCUUCUAUUUGGAGGUAUUGACGUCUCAGGCUUCCUUAACGAUUUUUACUCAUAUUCUGAUUUUUCUAAUUCUUGACAGGUUGUUACUUUGAGCAAUAGUGACAGACCUAUGGCAAGAGCAGGGGCUUGCAUCACUUUUGGAGGGUUUUAUGCGAUUUUGUUUGGUGGGCAGUCUUUUUCGGGAGUUUUGAAUGACUUGUGGGCGUUUGACAUUAAUUUGAACAUUUUUAUCCAGAUAGAUGAUGGGAGUAGCGGAGCUGCACCAUCACUAUUCCAAUGUAAAUGCUUUACAAGGAUCAUCGAUUCGACGCUCUAUUUGUAUGUGGUUUCAGGCGAAGAUGCGGGUGGGACCCCAAAUUCAGCAAUUUAUAGGUUCAAUUUUAGCUUGAAAAAAUGAGAGACUUUGGUGCAAAAUCAAUAUUCAUGGUUCUCUGUGGCAAGAUCAGGGGUUGCUAGUGUUGAUAAAUAUCUAUUUCUUAUUGGAGGUGAGCAAUGGUUCUUACCAGCUUUUGGCUAUAUUAUUAUGAUGAACAUUGAUGAGAAUUCUGAAUACACACUAAUUGGAAAUCUUGAAAGUCCGACAUAUGCCCCAAGCAUUUUAUAUUUCGGAAAUUCUAUCUAUCUAUUUGGCGGUGGGGACUCCAUAAAUGGGCUAGCUCAAACGAUAAAGGUCAAAAAUUCUUUAUUAAAAAUUAAUACUGAAACAUCAGACAAUUUCACAUGGCCAUGUGGCAUAGGAACAUAUUCAGAUGGUAACAGCUGCAGCCUCUGCUCAGGAGGGUAUUAUUCUUCAUACAAUUUGACAACUUGUCUCCCUUGCCCAGCAGGGACGUUUACAAGCUUUCAAGCCUCUCAAUAUAUAUCGCAAUGCUAUCCCUGCUAUUUUGAUACAUAUGCUCCAGAUGCUGGUUCCACUGUAUGCAGUAAAUGCCCAUCAAGCUAUUAUUGCCCUAUUGGAAGUCAAAACCCAAUAGUAAAGCUUGGACUGAUUUCUUAUAGCAGCUCCCAACCUAAUCUUUAUUCAUCAGAUGCUGAUAAAGCUGAUAGAGACACUGCCUAUAUGGAAAUUUUCUUCUGGACAAUUGAAGGCAUGGUUGUAAUUAUUAUCAUUUUCUAUAAGCCUCUUCACAAAUAUAUUCACAAUUUUGACUCAUAUGACACCAUGCAUGAUACUCCAGAUAACGAGCCUAUAUAUAAAAAAAAGACUUUAAUUGGAGGCUUUUUUAGCAUAUCUUAUGCAAUUAUAUAGGCCUUGCAUAAGACUUUUUGUUAUCUAGUAAAAUAGUAUUAUGGGUUAGCUUAAAUGAGGAAUAUUAUUUAUCAGGCAAUAUCAUUUCUACUGGAGUCGCAGCAUUGCUAAUAGGUAUUUCAUGCACCAAUUAUGUUAACGAUAACAUAACAGAAACAAAAACCCUGGCUCCUUUAGUGACUUUAUUAAACAGCUAUAGCAGUUAUCCAGGAGAUGUGAAUAUUACAGUAUCAUUUUUAUAUUAUGGUGGAAUAUGUGCUUAUGAAGGUUCUGUCUGCCACGGUGAUUUAGCUUACAAAUUUACUAAUAUCAAAGGACAUAUCCAUGCUCCGUCUUGCGAAUUCAUAGAAAAAAACUGUAUAGUAACGUUUUUAUGCUCAAACUGUAUAUUGGAAACUGGGGCAAAACUCUAUGCUGCUUUUUACGAAAUGACAAGCUAUUCUAGUUAUAUUGCUAUACAAGUGACAUCUUCUUCAUCAAUUCCUGGAGAAGAUAGCUCAAUUUAUUCUCUAUUGAAAGCUAAUAAUGAAAAACUUGCUUUUCGUGGAGCGACACCUUCUGAGUUUACUUUUUUAAUGACCCCUUCACUAUUUAAAUCAGAAAUUUCUGCAUGGCCAAGGGAAGAAACUGGGUACCACGUUUCUUUACCUAGUUCUCCAGUGUCUGGGUCUGCUUAUACAGUUGAAGAGUAAAAAAUAUUUAGACUUCAUUUUCAUGCAGCCUUGCAAGUAAAUGUAAAUUUGGACACAGGAAAUACGGUUUUGGUUACUUCAAGGUUUUACAACCAAACUUUAUAUAUAUUUUUAAGCAGCUUGAUUGGAGCGUUUUUUGGGAUAAUUCAAAUGGGUGGGACCUUUAUGGUGUUUUUUGAAAAAAUUUAUUUGAAAUAUGAAAAUAAAUACAAGUCAGUGAUAAACUGGGAAAAUCUCUAUAAAAAAGCAGGAAAACUCAGCUCUAGUUUCAGAUUGAAUAAUAAGCAAAUAAAUACUAUAAUGCUUUGACAUUAUUGUGUGAAGACCUCAACACGUCCCACGUGUGGAAUCCUAAUGCCGCAUGUGGAGUUUCCACACUUGAGUAGCUUCACAUGUGAUAUUCGAUUUCACACUUUACAUUUGGGAGUUAUUCACAAUUAGUGCAAGGAACUAUAAAACUAUGGAAGGCACAAGUAAUAGUCUUUCUGAUUUAUCCUCAUUUAGAGAUGAGACGGUUUGCAAGAAAAGUAUCAGCUUUAGAAAACUCUAA